GAACCUGGUAGUAGUGUUUACAUGGAACAAAUGUAAUUGCUAAUACUGCUGUUUAGUUUUAGAGACUUCUUGGCUGAUAAACAUUUUUUGCAGAGAUGUACAACAACAGUUACACCCGGCCCAAAGUGGCACUGAAGGCUCAGGACAUUCGCAGAUCAAAGGGAAAAAGCUGUGGGUAUUAUCUCCGCAUCAUCUUCUUCUUCUCUUCACUGAUACAGUCUCUGAUCAUCGUGAGCCUGGUGCUCUUCUUAGUGUACGGACAGCCAGAGAAGACCGCUGAUGAGAAGAGGGUGGAGGAGCUGCAAUUGAGUUUCGACAAGCUCUCAUUAGACAACACCAACCUGAAGAAAGAGAAAGCCAACCUCACUGCCCAGCUUAAGACCAAGACGACGGAGAAGGAUGCGGAGGUUAAAAAAGUGUUGAAACUUACAGCUGAGUUGGAUGCAGCCAAAGCCAACAUCACAAAGCUUUCACAAUUGAUAGCUAGCUGCCAAGCAAGUAAGAUGCCUCUAGUUCGGAGUGUAGCCCAAUGUCCACCGAACAUUGGUACAAGUGAACACAUGAGAACCUUACAGACUCUUUUGGACCAGCAGAAGUCUCUGUAUGCAAUACUCCAAGCUAAUUUCAGUCAAACGGUGCAGAACCUCAAGUUUGACUUGGACACUGCGAUAAAAGAUAAAAAUAAGCACGAGAUGGCCAUGCUGAAACUGAACCAAGAGAAGGAAGAUCUGACCUCUGAGCUUGAACUUUACAAAAAGAAGUGCAAGGAGGACUUUGUGAAGUCGCUGCAGGGCAUCCAGGAUGUCACAACCGCUUUCCUCACCAAGAUUGACAACGUCUUCCCUGACACCUUUACCUUCCACCUUACUUGUUCAAAGCAACAAGAACAAAUGGAGAAGAUCCAUGCAAACUGCACAAACCUUUCCCGGCAAGUAGAAGACAAGUUCCAGAACUACUUGAACUCAGUUGGCGACAAAGUCUCAACCCUUCAGGCACAGAGCAGCCGACUGGAAGUUGAAAACAAACGGCUAACUUCUGAAAAUCAGAAGUGCAGCCAGGGUCGUGCUCAAGAAGCUGAGCAGUGCGCAAAGCUUCUUCAAGAGGCUCAGCAAGUGCAGGACAGAUUGGUGGAGCCACUGCUGAAAUCCCAGAAACAACUACUGCUGGAAAAGCAAAUGCUGCAAGCUUCAUGUUACCCAAAGCCCCUGAUGCCGAAACCGAAUGGACUGGAAAUGAUGUUACCUGGAUACACAGGCCCAAACAGAGCAGGCAGCAGUCAAGUACCAAAGGUCAGGUAAACAGUGAAGAGCGGCACACGGUGUACUUCGACUCCAAUCUCAGAGGAACAGCUCAAAAUUUGUGAUUUUCAUGAGCUUAAGGUGAACUGCAAAACUAUUUGAAUUGUAGGCAUUAAUAAUACCGUGACAGUAUUAAUCAGCUGUACAUACGAGGCUGUACGUGAAUGUAUUGUCAGUUCUUAAACAAUUUUAUGCCAAACAUGACGGUAACUAUUUUGUGGAAAAUCAAAUAAAUAAUAAUAAAAAAAUAAAUAAACGUCAGGGAAGUGUGAAAAUGGCCAUGGUUACUUUUUAAAUCAGGCCAAAUAAACUUCACUGUGAACUUAUAUAAAAGAAUGUUAAAUUAAUAGCAAGCUUUUUUUGUCGGUUAAGUUAUAAUGUUGUUAACAAUGCAAGCAUACCUCAUAGCCUUACGUAUCGUGCAAAGGCUGGGGUAAACACAAUCAGAACAAGAGCCAAUUAUACAUAUUGAACUGUACAUAUUUUCUUGAUAUUAAAAUAUUUAAAUGUGCAUUUUAUAUAAUUGUUUAAAGCAUAUAUAUACUGUAUAUACACUGUAUGUUCAUCUUCAAUCCUUCAUGUUAAUUUUUUAGAUGUUUUUUGUAAAUACUAUUGAACACAGUUGAUAAAUAAUUAAAUUUUUUAUGUUACAGAA